UGAAAAUGUCAUUUAUUUGAUUAACACAUCAGUUAUGACUUUGAUUCAAUCAAACGUCUCAUUUGAUUCUCAUAUGUUUUGAUAAAUUGUUUGGAAACAAAAAAAACAAAGUAAUAAAACACAAGAUUUUAAUCAUGAUAAACAUUAUUCAAUUCAUUCUCAUCGCUACACUCGUGCUAAAAUGUGUGGUCAGUAUUGAGGACAACAACUCUUCAGCUGAUUCUGAUUUCGAUACAUUUCCGACGCAAACCAACUGUUCAUUCAAUGAUCUCAAGUGUAUUCUUAGUCGCCACAGAAUAUCAUCAAACAUUACCACCGAAUUCAGUGAUGAUAAUAAUAAUGACAUUAAAAACUCGACACUCGAUAGUCAGGCCGUAAAUGAGUGCCAUUUCGGCGAAACAUACUAUGAUUUAGAGCGCAAACAAUGUGUGAACUGUUCGGCCGACUGUCCCCUCAACUCAAAGAUACACAAGCGAUGCAACGGAACACACGAUACACAAUGUGUUUGCAAUUCCGGACACUUUAUGGCCGUCGACCACACGUGUAAGCCGUGUACUCAAUGCGAGUCCGGUUGGGGGAAAGGGAGAGGACUGUCCGAAUGGGUCAGUGCCUCACCAGCACUGGUAGUACUUCAGGGCCUACAGUAG